GUUUUCUUUUUUUCAUGGUGACAGUGUGGUGUGUUCAGGAGGGACAUCCUCUGUCUGUGAGCUUUUAUUUUUUUUAUAUCAUUAUUUUUGGGGACUCUCAAGGUCGAGCCGAGCAUCAUGACUUUAAAAUGACCACCGUGCCACAAGCCCCGGUGUUAUAACACGACUCGUCUCCGCCGGCACCUCCACCACCACCUCCACCACCACCGCUGCACUUCACCCAGUCCUCUCCAGGGAAAACUACCACCACCUGCCGACGCCUCUCGCACCAUAUGACCGUCUCAAAGGGUUUUUUGCCACUCAGAUUAAGAACUUUUUCUGGCUCACUGACGGACCCGCUGCUUCUUCUAGUGCCAGUGUCGACUCUCUCGACAGGAUGACAUGGCGCCCUCAGUACCGCAGCUCCAAGUUCCGCCACGUGUUUGGUAAGGCCGCCACCAAGGAGAGCUGCUAUGAUGGCGUGCCAAUCACACGCAGCGUCCAGGACAACAACUUCUGUGCUGUCAACCCACGUUUCCUGGCAGUCAUCACUGAGUGUGCUGGGGGAGGGGCCUUCCUGGUCCUGUCUGUCCAUCAUACAGGUAAAGUGGACCCUCACCACCCCCGAGUAUCGGGCCACAGGGGCAACGUGUUAGACGUCAAAUGGAAUCCCUUCAACGACUACUGCAUCGCCUCCUGCUCUGAGGACGCCACGGUGAAAGUGUGGGAAAUCCCUCCUCAUGGCGUGCUGAAGACCCUCACAGUACCGUGGAAGGAGCUUCAGGGUCACAGCCGCAGAGUGGGCCUCAUCGAGUGGCACCCGACUGCGAACAACAUCCUCUUCAGUACGGCCUAUGACUACAAGGUGAUGAUCUGGAACCUGGACUGUCCUGAGCAGGUGAUAAAGAACCCCGUGCGGACAAUCAGCCACCACACAGAUGUCGUCCUCUCCAUGUCUUUCAACACAGACGGCAGCCUCUUCGCCACCACCUGCAAGGACAGGAAGGUCCGACUCAUGGAGCCACGCUCAGGAAACCUCCUGCAGGAAGCCAACUGUAAGACGCACAAAGCCAGUAAGGUGAUGUUCCUGGGAAACAUGAAGAUGCUCUUCACAUCAGGCACUUCACGCUGGAACCAUCGACAGAUGGCUCUGUGGGAUCAGGACGAUCUGUCUGUGCCUUUGUUAGAGGAGAACCUGGACGGUUCGUCUGGAGUACUUUUUCCUUUCUAUGACCCUGACACACACAUGCUCUACCUUGCUGGGAAGGGUGACGGAAAUAUCAGAUACUAUGAGAUCAGCUCAGAGAAACCGUAUGUACACUACCUAACAGAGUACCGCUCGCACCUACCUCAGAAAGGAAUGGGCGUGAUGCCAAAGAGAGGUCUGGAUGUGAGCUCCUGUGAGGUGUUCAGGUUCUACAAACUGGUGACAAUCAAGAGUCUCAUUGAGCCUCUUUCCAUGAUCGUACCCCGCAGGUCGGAGUCAUACCAAGAAGACAUUUAUCCAAUGACGGCGGGUAACAAACCUGCUUUGUCUGCAGACGAGUGGCUCAGCGGCAUCGAUAAAGGUCCGGUGCUGAUGUCUCUGAAGCCUGGAAGUCAAGUAGCAGAGUCGUACUCAGAGAUGAGCAAGGUGACUGGAAUCUCGCAGGACACUCACAGGUCUAACAACAGACCGGGCAUGCUGCAGCUGGCGUACAUUCAGGACCAACUGGGAACCAAAGAUGGCAAGGAGGACAGCAGCGAUACAGGGGACGACAGGGGUCGGACACCUGUUAGCAACGGGGAAGACUUCACACUUUGCUCUCCACCCAAGACAGAGAAUGAGCUGCGUCUGAAGUUCCACAAGCAGCAGGAGGAAAUCCGACGGUUGAGGGACCUCCUGAGCCAGAGGGACGUCCGCAUCAAACAGCUGGAGCUGGAGAUUAAGAACAUCAAAAACUCCCAGACUCACUCACUUUAAGACUUGCCCCGAGCCAUGACCUCACCUUCACCCCCUCGUGGGAACACAUGCAUUACUGUACAAACUUAACCCCAUCUUCAAACCACCACACCUCUUCUUAGGGUCCUGACUCACCUCUUCUCCUCUAAUGAGCCCACCAUACUCACCGCACACACGGGGGUGAUUUCAACCUUGACUUUGUGUUUUCUUUCUGUCUGUCAGUUCCACACAGGGUGCACAUUUUCUUUGUUGGUGUACAUACACUCAGACAUGGAGUCUCACCCAGCUGUAACAUGAUUUAAAACUCUUUGCACCUGUUGACCCUUAACCCUUUUAUUUUUUAUGCUUCACAGCUAUGCAAGUUAAUUGUAAUUUUUAGCUUUUUUAUGCUCUUUGUAGCUGAGAGAUAAAAGGAUGUCUGUGCCUGUCUUGACUGAAUGAUGUGGCUGUCUGCGUGCUGUUUGAAAGUUGUUGCAGGGCUGGAGCAGACAUCCUGUGUGAUUGUACGAUAACGCUGGAUUUAUUUUCUAUGCUUGGUGAUUGUUUUUUGGUUUUUUUUCAAUAUUUAAACUACUGUAAGUGGAGAUGGCUGUGGUAUUUUAAUGGAUGUGUGCUUGAAUGAGAGCGAUCUAAAUGAAUGACAGUAUCGUGAUCCCAGCUGUGUUCAUUCGUUCUGUUGAGCUACAUUUUUGUUUUUAGUUUUGAAUGACUGGAAAAUUGGUGACAAAUCAAUCCGUUUCUCAGCAGCUAUUGUGUAAGCUGUUUCUGUAACUGAUGCCAUGUAGCAGUUCUUAAUUUUUUUAUUUAUUUUAAAAUACAGUCAAAAAAAAAAAAAAAUUCAAUUUAAUCAAUUUCGCGAUUGUAAUUUUGGAAAAUACAGCACGCAAACUGUUUUAAAAAGGACGGAAAGCCUGCUUUAAUUUUUCCUGAUGUGGAGUCACUGUGAAGAAACAGUUUAAAGCCAUUGCAGAGCCACAGUCCUGAACCACCUCUGGGUUAGUUUGUGUUCCACGAGUCCUGAAUGUGUUUUCUUCAGGAUGGUGGUUUUAUUGUAAAAACCUGAGAAACCUGAAACAUGACACUGGGGGUUUCUACUUGUAUUUUAAGGGGACAGUUCACCCCAAAAUCAAAAAUACAUAUUUUUGAGUGUUGUAGAGAUUUCUGCCUUCUCUCUAAUGUAAUGGAAUUAGACCGCACUCUGCUUGUGGUGCUCAAAGCGCCACAAAAGACAUUUGAAAAACUCAACAGCAAUGUCUCUUUCCAGGACUCAUGACACAGCUACUCAAGAUAAUCCUUAGACUUUGUUAUGAGCAGUUUCAUGUAGGAACUAUUGUCUUUCUACCAGACUACACCCGCCAACAAGGAACAGUUGGUGAGAGUCUGCCUCCAUGCACACAGUGACAGGACUAACUGUUAGCAUUACAUGGCUAACGUUACCAAAUGGUUAAAUGGUUGAAUGUUAGCUGCUGCUGUGUUAAGGCCCAGCCACACCAAGCUGACUUAAGAGAACUAGCCGCAAUGAAAGCUGACUGCUGCUUCACCUCGUGUCGCCUGUGUCUUGGUCAAAAAGUUGCACAUGAACACACCUCAAAGACUACAGCUGACGGCCAACCAGCACAUAUGUGCUGCGCCUGCAUGAGAAGAAAUAACUCUCCACACCAGCAGAGGGCGGUAGUCUGUAUUUGUCAUUCCAAAAGGGACAGUCACAGUGAAGACAGUCUUGAUGCUAGUUAGCCAGUUAGCACAUUAACAACACAAUCCAGUGUUGAAAGAACAGAGUAUAUUUACUGUGCACCAGUGGACAACAACACAAGCCAUCAGGAAAUGUUUCUGCUAAAGAGCUCCAUGGAUAAAGAAAAAUAAUCUUACCCAAUGAAACAAGUUUGUUUUAGUCUCAUUCUCUCUUGACUUAAGUUGUUUGUUUACUUUCCUCACUUCCAUUUCUCUUCUCAUACACUGAGCUGAGCUUUUGAUCCGAGUGAUUCAUGGAUGGGCUCCGCCGUUGCUGAUUCAACUUGAUGAGUUGGUGGGGAAAAAAGCCGACCGCGAAAAUGAGGGCCAGCAGUGCAGGACACACCACAUCUAUUAGGGCAAUAGACACUCACCGAUGGCCUAACAUUGACCAACAGCCAACUGUCAACUUGGUGUGUCAGGGCCUUUAUAUUGUACUAACCGGGCAGACGUUGAACUGACCAUUUGCUGGGAUGAGCGCGGGAUCGGAGAUGGCAACAACAGACAGUCUGCAGAGUCAGGACAGUCCAGGAUCACUUGGUACUAACUAUCACUAGGUACUACUUGGUACUGGGUUAUUUCAAUCGAUAUCUUAAUUGGAAUCAAGUACCAAUACCGAGCCUUACUCAGAGUUAAUUUACAGUUUAAAAAGCAGCCUACACUCAAGGUCUAUUACUCACUUGUUCUAGAGCUUUAAACAGUUUUCAUAAGUAGAUGAAUUUUGGAAGUAAGUGGACCUUUAGUAGAGAUUGAUUUUAAUAACUGCUGUUACCAAAGUCAAGAAGACAUAAGAUCAAUUUUAAAUCAACAGGGCUGAUAAAUCCUAAUUGGACAAGGAGAUGGAUAGAGAGAUUCCCAGUAUGAUGUUUCAGCUUUGUUAGAAACCUCUUCACUUCAUUUCAAGUGAAAUGACAAAGCCUGGAUGAGGCUCGUGGAACAGAAGUGAGCUCAACAGGGAGACUUCAUCUCUUAAUAUGAACACUUUACUUACAUGUGACAGAGAACUCAUAAAUUUUUUUAAAUGCUUAGCUUUGAUGAUCUGUUAAUGCAACCGCAAAGACUUACGUAACUGUAAAAUGUACACAAAUUCACACCGAGCAGUCAGUAAUCCUAAUGGCAUAUAGAAAUGUGUUUUCUCUCAAGGAAGUCCUCAGUGAUGUUCAGUUUUGCCCAUGGUGCUGUCAGACCAGUUUCUCAUAUAUGUCGCGUUAAGAAUUCAAACAUUCCCUUGUCUCUCACCUGUAUGUUGAGAGCGUCACUUCUGAUUGGCAUGUAAAUAUGCAUCCAUGUUACUGAAGCGCUUGCAGAUAUUAGGCAACACAAACAACAUAGCUGUACACCCUAACAUAACCACUCAGAUACAGCACAAACUAUCAUGCAUGCCUGUGUUUAUGUAGUCAGAGGCACAAGCACCAUAAUGAUAUUCCAGAUUUGGCUUACAUUUCAUUACCACUCGUCAAAGAUGUAACAAAUGGAAACUGCCACACCAACCCACACACAUACAGACACACACACUGGCCUCAAUACAAUUGUGAACCUUUUGACCUCUGGCAGAGAUAGUUCCAGCACAGCUUCAUCUCUGGCUGACUUUUGUCCAGGAGCAGCUACGCCCCGGCCAGUUUAAACUCUAAACCACCACUGCUGCUGGUGGACGAGUCUCAACACAUUCCCACAGUGCACUGCUGUUUUUACAGUCACUCAGUGGAGUUGUUCAAGGACUGAUUUUGCUGUUUGAUCACAUCACAACAGUUGAAGGUGACUGAUUGUACUUCCAGAGCCAUUCCAACCAGCGUUUAUACAAAUAGAUUUUUCCCCAUCUGAAAAAUUAUUUUAUUUGUAUUUUUUUUUUUUUUUUUAUAAAUGUCCUGCCUCUCAAAAGUCUGCCUGGAAAUGCAAAUGACAAAUGAUUGUUUGAAAUGUCUGCCAACACUGUGCAUCUAAAGAACAAUCAUUGGUUAACUUGGGAAUUCAAUGCUUGAUGCAGUUUAUACCACAAAUAAAUACUGCACAUCUCUAGCUAAAUAACAAAGCAGCUGCCAUUUUUGAGCCCGUUUAUUCAGCACUGUUUUAUAGUGACUGAACUGUCAACAGCAGAUUGUGUUAUAUCACAUACUAUCGAAAUGUUUAAUAACAUAUAAAUAAAAACAUUUUAAAAUAA